CAUUUCCACCGGCUUGUUUGAAAAACAAAAACAACUCGACGAGGAAGAAGUGACUUCAGAUUUCAACUCAAAGGAGACGAAGUGUGAGUUUGUUCUGAUCCCCACUGUGCCGAGUGCGCCCUACCUAUUAUAGGGGAUGCUAGAAAUGAGUGGACCAUCACAUCAAGAAUUUGACGAUGAGUUUGACCGAUACCUUGUAGACAUGAAGCCUCAUGUUCUACGGCUCACCCAUAAAUCAGAGAGACAAAGAUGUGCGAGUUGGAUCAAGAAGCUAUGCGAACCCACAGGAUCUUCACUAACCGCAAGGAAGAAUCGGAACAUGUACUGCAAGCUUUUGUUUCAUAUGCUACAAAAAGGUGUGGUUGAAGGCCCCUUUGAACAAAGACCUCAGUCUGGACUCUUGCCUACAUUGCCUGCAUAUGCAUCCAUCUACUUUGACGAGCCCGGACAUACCCCAGCUGCAUUGAGUGAGGGUAUAACACGCCCAGUACCCGAUUGGGUGGCUGGUGAACUAAGUGAUCAUUACUCCAGUGCGUCGGCUCAUUCACAUCAACUAGUUGAUCCUCCUUCUGCAACCUCAACAUUAAGAGCAGAUAGAUAUAGUAAAGCUCAGUAUACUAAAAGCCAACACAGAAGAACAAGAACGGAGAGUGGUUUGCCAUCAUCUAAAUCUACUAGUGAUCGUGAUUACCUUGGACAUAUGGUGAAAUCUAGGGAGGAGGUACGAUUGAGGCAAAGAAGGUCUUUCUCCUUCUCGUCUGAUGAAGAUGAUGAGAACAAGCCUAGAAGGAGCCGCAAGACAAGGUCACCAGCCAGGAAUACAGAGGAUUGGGGACUACAUGUACCUUCCACUGCCAGUUCAAAAAACAACACAUCAGGAUUUGGAUCAUUACCAUUACCAGCUAGUGGGCGUGUACAAGAGGAGAUGGUUCAUCAAUAUGAAAAGGAGCUGGAGUUACGAACUAAAAUGGUGGAAGCUAAAUACCACGAGGAGAAGCUGCAGGUUCAACAGAAGCAUGACCAGGCUAUACAGAAGAUCCUGGAUCGUAAAAACUCUGAGAUGGAAGAUAUCAAGUCUCACUAUCGAAGUAAAAACCAAGAAAUGGAGGAAUCCAUCAGGAAACUGGAGAGGAAAGUGCAAUCCAUGGUGAAGGAGUCAACACAGAUAAGAGAGACAAAAGAUCAACAAAUCACAGAGCUGAAAAAAAUGGUUGAACACAGUGACCAAUCAACCUUGAAUGAAUUUGAAAAGAAGCUUCAUGAGAACAUGGCCGAUUUUGAGCAGGAGAAGUUUGAGAUGCAGAAGCAACAGACUAAAGCGAUUCAAGACAUCCUGGAUGACACUAACACCAGGCUGCACAAGAUGGAACUUGAAUAUAAUACACAAGUGGACAAUCAUGCUGCAGUCAUCAGAGAUCUAGAGUCAAGGAUUACACAACUAAGUCAAGACUCUGAGAACCACUUGAUCUUACAAACUCAACUGAGUCAAGAAAAGGCUGAAAUACAAAGACAAAGUGAACUCCUUUCUGCUGAGCUUGAAAACACCAACGCAAGGUUCACAGCUCUUGAGAAGGAAUAUGAGCGAGCUAAAGAUGAUUACGACAUGGAAACCAGAUCAAUGAGAAAUAAAACUGAUGCAACUAUUGAGUUCAUGAAGCAAGAACAUGCAUUGUCUGCUGCUAAGUCUUCAGAGAAUAUACGUGAGUUGGAGCAGCAUGUACAAGAUUUAAAGCAGUCAUUGCAAGACAGUCAUCACCAAAGACAACGAGAAUUAAGGGAUGCAGAGUCUAUGGAGAGACAGGAGAAGGUUCAUCUGGAGACUCUACAUACAAAGCAGAUUACUAGCGUCAAGACAGAACUAGAACAAACUAGACAAGAAAACCAAAGAAAUCUACACAAACUACAGCAGACAAUGAGAGAGAAAGAUGAACAAGUACAGAGGCUUCAAGACUCCAAGAAAUUGCAAUCGCAGAGUGCCGAGAAAGCACUAGAAGAGUUCAAGUCACAGGUGGAGCGUAAUUCAGGCCGGAUGUUUGAUGAUAUGAAACAACAAAUGAAGAAAGUAGAAGAAGAUCUUGCACAGUCCAAGGAACUCAGGCAGAAACAAAGUAAAGAAUUCACCAAACAGACGGAACAAGAGCGUAAACACUUCCAUAAACAGCUUACAGAUCAAGAGACUGCUCAUAAUCAAAAGUACACCCAGUUACUACACCAGCAUCAAUCCGACCAUGAAGCUAUGCAACAAGAACAUGAACAUGUGUUAGCAGUAACUACACAGCGACUGCAAACCAGACUGGAAGAUGAACACAAACAAAACAUGAACCAGCGGGACAAAGACUCACAGUUGAUAGCUGAGCUAGAGCAGCAAGUGAGCGAACUGAGAGAAGCUAACAUGGAGAGUAACUCACUACGGAAACAACAACUCAUUGAGUUAGGUCUACUCAGAGAAGAUGAGAAACAGAAAGUCAUGUGGGAGUGUGAAGCAACAGUUUCUAAACUGAAGUCAGAAAUGGAACAGCAACGAUUACGACAACAGAGGGACCAUAGUGCAGAGUUGGAACAAAUGUUGGAAAAGACCAACAAAACACUGAAGGACAUUGAGAGAGAUUAUACCGAUCGGUUAGCUGCAUCAGCUGAGAACACAAAGGAACUGCAGAAUACAAUUGAGACACUAAAACUUGACUCAAGCAGUCGUAGAAGUCAACUACAGCAAGAGAUGACAGAUGUCAUAUCUAAACUGGAAGAUGAGAAACAGCUCCUCAAGAAACAGCAUAAUGCAUAUAUCAAGACUUUACAUGAAGAUCUUGAUAAGCAGAGGAAUCAAUCAAGGCAGUUAGAUCGACAGUUACAACAGAUAGACUUCCAGCAUCAAGAUCAAAUGACUCAUCUGAAGCAAGAAUUUGAGAGUAGAUUCAAAGGAAUGAUGCCAAUCAGUGUAAGACAGGAAUUAGAGGAGACAAUAGAGUCAUUGAAAACCCAAGUGAACGCCCUCCAGCAGAAAAGCAUCAUACUACAAGAGGAAAUAGAGAUGGGAAGAAAAUUCACAUCUACUGUACGCUCUCCAUCUAGGAACUAACUUAGAGAUGGGAAGAAAAUUCACAUCUACUGUACACUCUCCAUCUAGGAACUAACUCGUGUGUCAGGUUACAGGUUCAUGUCUAUAAGAAAAUAGAAUUAGCUGUUGCAAACUGGACCCAAUUUCAUGGUUCUGCUUAACUGUCGAAUUCUGCGCUUACGAUCACCAUUCUCUGCUUACGUGCAAGUACCAAAUUGCUGCGCAACACAUGUAGCUGCGUAAGCUCAGAUGCCUAGAAAUGUGGGGUGCACUCAAGCCUAUUCCCUGCUAACCUGUGAAAUACGCUUGAUAUAAGCGCAUAAUUCCCUGCUUCCGCAAGCGCCGAUUCUGUGCUUACAGUUAGCAGCGCCAUGAAAUUGGGCCCUGCUCAAUAACCAAAAUGACCUAUGGUAUACGCAACUAAAUACUUAGAGGCCUGACUUUUUGACCCUUGCAAAGUGUUUUUCAAAGGCACUCCGCUUUGGUCGAAACAUCAGGCUAUUUGCUUUUUUUGCAGGUUAAUAUUUAUACAAACAUUGGCUGUUUAUGAUAUAUAUAACGAUUAUUGAAUGCACUUCGGUUGUGGAUUGUCGCAGAGUACAACCUUAAAGUGAGAUCUAGGCUUUUCUGACUCAUGAGACAAAGCCAAGUGAAAUGGAAAAUCCAGAUUUCACCUCGUUGUUAAAGACACUAGACACUAUUGGUAAUUACUCAAAAUAAUUGUUAGCAUAAAAACUUACUUGGUAACAG